AUGAAGCCUGUGCUGUUGCUGCUGUCGAUUGGAUCCGUAUUCUGCGUCGUUUCAAAUGAUCUUUCCUAUCCUUACUACUCUGACGAGAUUGUGAACCAAGAGAAGACUGCUUUGGAGGACAUUUUAGCCAGAGCUUCUCUACAGGGCAUCGGAGCCUAUUCUCAAAUUGAACAGAAAUUCUCACAAUCGCUUGCUAAUCUCAAAACUGCCAUCGAGGAAUGGGCCAUAACUUACGGACUCGAGCACGAGUACAGAAAAAUCGCUAACGAGUCUGAAAGAGAAAAUGCUGACUAUAGAACGGCGGUCAGGGAGCUGUAUCCUAUUCUCACGGAGUUUCUAGGAAAUUACAUGAAAACUGGAGGCGACAAGAAACAGUCAUUGAUGCUCGCUUUCAAAAGAACUUCUACCCUACCAAACAGGCAAUCAGUUUUCGAAAGAAUAAUCAAAUCUUAUGGUCCAUCACUGGCUUCCAGCAAUGCAGGCAGCUCCAUAAGCUUUCCGGGGAACAGCGGCGAUUACAACAGAGGUACUGGCGGACUUGGCAGACAAGACUAUCCAGUGAAUACGGAAGCUUACACGGACUACGGAGGAUACUUUACCGGAUAUCAAGGAUUUGGUGCUAAAUACACGGACUACAUUAAAGGAUACCCAAGCAAUACCGGCCUAUUGCCAAGAGUUAAUAGAGCUAAUGGCAAUCAGUGGCUCUUUUGA